AAACUUAAUAUAUGACAGUAUUGAAAACAAGAUUGUAAAUAUGGCGCCGUGCAGUAAAAUUAAUCGAGAGGAAAUUUCGUUCUCAGUUUCGUCAUUGUCUGAAGUUGAUGCAAGCACAUUGCCAAGAGACAAAGUAUGCAUUGUAUCCAUCUUUGGAAAAAGUUCAUUUCUGGCCAAUGGAUGUAAAGCCUUUUUGAUUGAUGAAGCACUUGGCAAGAAUAUUUUUCAGGGGAUGUUUACAGAUCCAGGAGAAAUUAACAUAGAUGAGCCUGCAGAUAUUCAAGGUUUCUAUCACCCAGAAAGCCGUGUCAUUUUUCUUCAUCUUAUUGGAAGCUUUGACACAAAGUGUUUGCUGCAGAAGUGUCACAGCAUUGAAAACGAAUUGAAAGAAAAAACAUUUUUAGAAGUGUGGAGUGAUCUUCAGUGCUCCUUUUCUAAAGCUCUCCUGUUAAUUUUCCAUCUGUCGCAUAUCAUUCUGGUUGCACAUCCAACUACUACCUUUGAUGUUAGUUAUAUUCACCUCUUCCAGACUCUGGAUUCUGUCAGGCAGAAAGCAGUUCCAUGCCUUACGGACUUACUUCGAAGUUUUCCCAUUUCCCAGGAUUGGGUGCAAGCAGGCAGGCCAUGUUCCCCUCGUGUUCUAUUCAUUUUUCAAACCAAUGCACCGGAGUUUCAAAGUGAAAGUAUUGAUAGUAGUGAUGGCACAGGGAAAACAAGGUCAAAGAAAUUCCCACCAAUCAAGAGGUUGGAGCAUGCUCUCGAAGAUCAGAUAUACAGAAUAUUGCGCAAAAGUCGUGUAAUCACCAACAUAAGUGGGAACUCUCUUUUUGCAGUACCAGCAAAUCAAGAAUUUGUUUAUGUUACUUCAAAGAAAUCUCUUAUAGUUGAUCCUCUUGGAUAUCUUAUGAACCAACUUAAAGAAUGCUGUUCUUUUCCAAAAAGUCCUGGAGAAAUGGAUCCAUCUAAGUCCAAAAGUUAUUUGUUAAAUCGAAGAGGGAGUAUUCAAAAUCAAACUGCAAAUGAUCUUCCAGCAUUUGCAUUAACACCAGAAGAUGGCGCUAGUGAACACUCUUUUAAAGCUUUCCUUUGGCAGCAUAUUGAUCUGGCACUGAGCAAAGGUUUUGAUGAUAAUGUUGGAAGGAACAUUGUUCGAGCAUACUUUGAGCUACCUACUGCCCAAAUUUGGUUUCAAAUAGCUAAUAAACUAAAAAAUUGGUUUUUUAUGGAGCCAAAAGAUUCCCGAAGUGGAGCAGUGAUGUCACUUCUUAAGACUACAUUAGAUAUUGACGUUCGAUUUUCUGAGGGCCGUUGUGCUAAAGUCUUGCCCUUGGCCUCGGCAGCUUAUCAAGACAAUCUGCCCACUCACUACACACUAGAUUAUCAUGAAAGGAAGUUGAAUCAAGCUCUACAAGUCUUUGCCAUGCAUGCUAGAGGUCCUGCCUUUCAGCAGUUUGCCCAGCAACUGGAGGAAGAUUGUGAACGACUGUGGCAGAAUGGUCACCAGAUGUGUGAAUUUCGUAGUCUCACAGGGAAUCACUGUAUAAAUCCUCUCCAUCGAGCAUCAGAAGAUGAUGAGGAUGUUGACGAUAAAACCCUCCCCAUCAUGCCUCACUGCAGCCAAGUGAAAAUGCUCUCAGCUUGUGAUUGCGGGAGAAGACAAGCUAGUCGAGAAGAUCCCUUUGAAGUGAAGGCAGCCAAUUACAGCUUCUACUCAUCACUGCAUGAUGAUUGUUGUGGAAAGUUGGAAAGAAUAAAGUUUCCUGUAUUCACAUCAACAACGGGGGUGUCGCGACCAGCUCAAAUCUCGCCUGUUCAGGCUCAUCAACAAAGUGAAGAAACUCGAAGAAAACGGCAUGAAUCUCAACCUGGAAGAGGAGAAAGCCAAGUGACCACCACUAGUAUGAGUUUAGCUCUGUCAUUUGGCCAGCCUGGUAGUAGUGACAUGUUUCCAACGGAAGAAUCAGCUGUUGAAUUAAGUCAAGGCUCUGAGGAGAGCCCUAGACAAACCAGUGACCAGGAAGUAAUAAUUAGCCUCAGAGAAUCAAAAGUCACAGAAAGCCCAGAAAAGUGUACUGGAGGAGAAAAACUCGGAGUGCUGCGUCAACCUUCAACAACAGAGUACCUUCCAGGCAUGUUACAUUCCGAGAGUCCUCUUGGCCUGCUUCCCAUGUUCCCUUCUUGGUCACUGAUCUGUCUUGGACCAUCUAGCCUUUAUUCCCAUAAUAUUGGUAUUCAAGAACAGCCUGGUUUUAUACCUGGUACAAACUUUCUCCUGCCCUGGGAUGUGACAGUUAAGUUAGAACACAAGGAUCGCUGGCCCACUGUCUGGGAUGGAAAACGACCUCAUACUUGGAAAACCAAGAAAGGUGGAAAAGAUGGCUCACAAUUCACUGUAAAGAUAUUUAUUGGAGUAGAAUACGAAUGUCCAAGAGGCCAUAGAUUUAUGUGUUCAGCACCUGACAAAGUUUUGCGUGCCACCAGCUCUGGCCUGGUCAAGGACAAUGCCAACAAAAUAACAGGGAAUGAUAUGCCAUUGUACUUUCCCUGUCCUUGUAGGGGCUCUAAGCACCAGGUUGCUCAACUAAUAAGAAUUCAUGUAGUAACUCCAAAGGCUCCAGUACACGUUACACUCAAUCCUAGAGUACAAGCAGCUCCUCCACCCUCUCCAGUCUUUUCACCAGGUAAUUCUGAACCAGUGAAACUUUCUCAGUCUGCAUACUGGGUCCUGAGGCUUCCAUUUGUUUAUCAAGGGGAUCAAGGUCCUUACUUGCCUCCGAAAGACCCAGUACCUGUAGAAGUCUGCCACUUGUUAAAAGGAACAUACGACAUUGCAGAACAGAUCAGUGAAAAAUCAUAGUUUUAAUUAUGAAUUAAUGUAAAUUAUCAGCUCAGUUUUCUUUUUCAUAUGAUACCCCACAUUUUGUCCUGUUUGAUUUAUUUUCUCAUAAGAACUAAUAAUGAUGUAUUUAUUUAAGUGUUUAGUAAGUUGUAGAAGUGAAGUCCUGAAAUAUUAAUGUAAUUUUUUCUUGUAAAUAUGAUAAGAAAAAAUCAUGUAAUUUAAGAAAUUGUGUACACAAUUUUGAUAAAUAAAACAAAAAAAUCAACUUAGAAAGCUAA